UCUGAAUAAUCCCACAGUGGGCGUGUGCGCGCGCUCCUGUGUGUAUCCACAGAUGCUGAGAGACAUCACACCGCGACAGAGACACCAUGACGGGGCCCGCGCGCGGAGGAGGAUGAUGCAGGGACUCACCUGUGGAUGGUCGCCGUCAGGAUGCCUUACCUGAACAGAACUCUGCUCCUCCUCCUGCUGCUGCUGCUGCUGCUGCAAAUGUUGGGUCAGAUCCGAACCGCGGAGGCGCGCAAACACGGACAGCGGGUGCGCAGAUGGACGGGAACCGAGGAGACCCAGAAGCACGGCGCCUCUCUGCCAAAGAAACCUCCAGACGUGACCAAGUCCAGAAAAAGCAAGACGGAGAACCUUCUGAAAGUAGAUGAUCACGACUUCACCAUGAGGCCGGCGUUUGGAGGUCCUGCGAUUCCUGUGGGCGUGGACGUUCAGGUGGAGAGCUUAGACAGCAUCUCAGAAGUCGACAUGGACUUCACCAUGACGCUGUACCUCAGACACUACUGGAAGGACGAGCGUCUGUCCUUCUCCAGCAGCACCAACAAGAGCAUGACCUUCGAUGGCCGCCUGGUGAAGAAGAUCUGGGUGCCUGACGUCUUCUUCGUCCACUCCAAGAGGUCCUUCAUCCACGAUACGACGACGGACAACAUCAUGCUGCGGGUCUUUCCUGACGGACACGUCCUCUACAGUCUGAGAGUGACUGUGACGGCUGCCUGUAACAUGGACUUCAGCCGCUUCCCUCUGGACUCCCAGACCUGCUCACUGGAGCUGGAGAGCUACGCGUAUACGGACGAGGACCUGAUGCUGUACUGGAAGAGCGGCGACGAGUCUCUGAGCACCGACGACAGGAUCUCCUUGUCCCAGUUCCUCAUCCAGAAGUUCCACACCACGUCCCGUCUGGCCUUCUACAGCAGCACGGGCUGGUACAACCGUCUCUACAUCAACUUCACGCUGCGGCGCCACAUCUUCUUCUUCCUGCUGCAGACGUAUUUCCCCGCCACGCUGAUGGUGAUGCUGUCCUGGGUCUCGUUCUGGAUCGACAGACGGGCCGUGCCAGCCAGAGUCUCGUUAGGUAUCACCACGGUGCUGACCAUGUCCACCAUCAUCACGGGGGUCAACGCCUCCAUGCCGCGUGUGUCCUACAUCAAAGCGGUGGACAUCUACCUGUGGGUCAGCUUUGUCUUUGUCUUCCUCUCUGUGUUGGAAUAUGCUGCUGUCAACUACCUGUCCACUGCCCAGGACCGCCGCGAGCGCAAGAGGAGGGAGAGGGCCCGCUCUCAGUCGCUGCCCUGCACCUGCAGCAUCUCCCAAACACGGAGCAUGACCAUGCUGGAUGGCACCUACAGCGAGGCGGACACCAACAGCCUGGCUGGCUACACCGAGGAGCCCAUGGGACCCGAGGACGAGCCGGAGGAGAAGCAGAAAGUCCCAGAGAAGUCGGAGCACAUGGUGGUCCACCUGUCCAUGAGCAGCGAGGCUGCCGGCAUCAAGAAGAGGAAGAGCCUGCGAGCCCUGAACAUCAUCCAGAACACACACGCCAUCGAUAAAUACUCCCGGAUGAUUUUCCCCGGAUCAUACAUCUUCUUCAACCUCAUCUACUGGUCUGUUUACUGCUGAUUGACAGCUGGGGAUCAGGAUGAGGCGGCGGAAACUUACAGUUGCGAUGAACCCGAUGGGGACGAGUCGUCCUCGAACAGUUAACGUUAGUAUGAGCGUCCGACACGAGACACGAGCAGAACAAGACGUCCAGCAGUACCUGAGGAGCUUCAGAGUUUCUGAAAUCAUCUCUGGAGUUCUGCUUCUGGGUUUAAUUUCUCUCCAACAGCAGCUUGAAUGUUAUUUAAGUAUUCUACAGUCAAAAACCCACAAUCUGUGUCUGAUGUGGCCUCACACAGCCAGUUAUGAAUGUUUGGUCUCAGAGGUUUAAAUCCAGUGCAACUAGAAUCUGAAACUCAAGAAGUGAUUUACAGGAAAAAGAA